AUGAAUUAUAAAUUUUUAGACUUUAUGCUGGCUCGUUAUAUUCGGUAUGGAAAGUAUAGUGUACUCUUAAGAAAACAAUCUGAACUCAUAAAAUUAUUUAAUAUUUGUAUAGCAUUUGGCCCGAAUGACCUUGUUAAUAAUGCCAAAAAUAAUGAUACUGGUGGUGACCCAUUUAAAUUUUUUAAUAAUCAAUCUUCCAAAUUUUAUGAACUGUUAAACUAUAAACAACAAAACAGUCCAAAUUUUAAAAUUAUUCUAUCAGUCUUAUUACCAACCGAUGGGAAUAAUUUAACUAAAUUCUUUAAUCUGAAUCUGAACCAAAGCCAGGUCCAGAAUAUAACGAUAAAUGGGAUUCAACAUGAUAUUGUGAGUCGGCAGAGUUUGUAUGAAUCGAAUAGCACACAAAAUAUGAAAUUCAUUGAUGAAUUGGUUUAUAUUGUUACUUAUUUUAAUCUUGAUGGAAUUGACAUUGAUUAUCCCUUUAAAUAUCCGUGCAUUCCUUCAACAGGAUUCAAUGAAACUGAUUUUUCAAAUUUCCUAAGUGCUAUAGCAACACGAUUAGGUAAUAACAAAAAGUUAACAAUUACGGCAGGCCAAUAUCCUAUAAAGGGCAUCAACUCAAACCUCAUUAGUUUUAUAAAUAUUCAGGCAUUUCGUCUUAAUAUAAAUAACACUCUAUUAUCACCAUCAACUUGUCCUACAAACUUAAUUCCAUCGUCACAAUGGACCUAUGGUUUUAUUAACAAUGCAAAACAACCCUACCUUUACCUACAACAAAAUUCGUCUUCAAACUACUAUGUUACUUUUUAUGAAGAUUAUCAAUCAUUAAAUGCUAAACUCGACUAUAUAAAAAGUAAUAAUUUAGCAGGAAUUGUGAUUGCAGACAUCACAAAAGAUUCACAAUUGACAAACUUUAUUUUGGGAAAUCAGCCUGGAAAAAGUGGAACUCCAGGUACCACUCCACCUUCAUCUCCAUCAAAUAUAGGUGCAAUAAUUGAUGGUGUAAUAGGAUCUAUUAUUGUUGUUAGCACAUUAAUGGUUGUUGGCUUCAGAUUGUAUCGAAGGAAACAAAGAGCGAAAAUGUCUGAUCCACUUAUAAACACGAAUAAUCAGACUUGCUCUGAUACAAAUCCUCAGGUUUACUUUGAUAUAAAUCGUCAGAUUCGUCCGGAUAUAAAUAAUCGGAUUUACUCCGAUACAAAUCAUACUUAG